AUGGCGCGCCGCGCCCCCCCCCGCGCGCUCGCGCUCCUCCUCCUCGCCUUUCUCGUCGCGACGUGCUUUGCGAGACGCGUCGACGCGCGCGAUCUCAACGUCUCCUCCGCGGCGCCCUCCACGCCGACGGCCUUCCUGCGCGACCUCGACGGCGACUACGAAAUCACGCGGGUCACCAGGCGACCACGACACGCGUCGAGCGCGCCGACGCCGGCGCGGUACCCCGCGCGACUCGCGCUCGCGCUCGACGCGUUCGGGACGCGCUACGAGCUCGAUCUCAGACGCCACGACGCGCUGUUUCAUCGCGACUACCGGACGUGGUCCGUGGGCGCUGACUCGAGCUUCGCGAAAGUGGAGGGCUCUCAUCCGAAUCGAAACCACUGUCACUACCGCGGCGUCGUCUCCAACGCGGUCGGGGAAUCGACCGUCGCGAUGUCGCUGUGCAAGGGCGUCACCGCGAAGAUCAUCACGCAACGGGAGCGCAUCUCCCUCGAGCCCGCGAGCGCGCACCUCCCGGGGUACGAGAGCGAGUGGAGGCCGCCGUCCGGAGACGCCGACGGAGACGCCGACGGCGACGCCGAGGACGCCGACGCGUUCCGGCACCCGGACCCGCUCGGGCGCGUCCCGUCUCAUCAAUCACGCCGGUCCCCGCACGACCGCGUCGGCGUGGUGAACGCCGUUCCUUGA